UUUUCAAUAGAUAUGUACAUAUAUGUACGCUUGCGCAGGUCGCGUAACUACUGAAAGUUAUAAUUUUGAAUCAAAAUGUAACGUUUGUCGGCAGGAGUGUUUAUAUCUAUAUCUGUAGCUAAUCAUAAACACAUUUACAUGAGUUUCAAUUAUUCGUUUACUGAGUUUCAAUUGGUUAGCUAAUACUUUUUAUAUACAGCGACAAUAUAAAUAACAACACAUACUAGAGUUACCAAGAGUCAGAAAUGAUACGUCGAAAGACUAAGAGUGAGCAACCGCAAAUACGUAGAAGAUUAUCCACAGUAUAUUAUCCAAAUAUAUUCCAAACGAUAAUGCGUACGAUAUGCUUCAAACAAAUAUUGUAUACUGCUUUGAUACUUAACAUUGCUAUGGCUAUCGAAACAGAUGUGGACCACGGAAAUUGUGAAAACGCUACGUCUGAUGAACGUUUAUCAAUUGCAAUAAUAGAGCCAAUACAUUAUAAACUUUUUUUCAAAUUAAAUAUGGAAUCUGAAAAUUACGAUGGGGAAUCCGACAUCGUGAUCAAAAUUCACAAACCAGUCAAAAGAUUAAGUUUGCAUUGUUUUGGACCGUAUAUAUAUACAUCAAGCAUAUCGUUAAAGUCGAUAACUGAAGCUUCAAACAAGAGUAUACAACAUACUCGUUAUGCAUCUUAUCGUGUUUGUACUAAAACACAGCGGUUCGACAUAUUAUAUGAUGAUUUAAUAUCUCCUGGAUUAUACGAGUUACAUAUACAUUUUUACGGUGUAUACAAUAAGAAUGAAAACAUUAUCAGAUAUCAGUAUAUGAGAUAUACAGAAACUGAGGCAACUAGGAGGUGGUUUCUUGGAAUAUUGUCAACAUCAAAUCGUGCUCGAACAUUAUUUCCAUGUUGGGACGAGCCGGAAAUACAUAUGAAUUAUGAGAUUAUUAUUGAGCAUCCUGAGCAAUACAAUGUUAUAUCAAAUAUGCCAGUAGAAAAGCUGAUAAACAAAUCAGAUGGUACAUCAUUAACGUAUUUCCUUAUUAGCAAACCUAUAGCUUCAAGUCAAGUGGCAAUCAUAAUGGUUGAUGACAUGACUCAUAGUUAUUUGGGCGAUGAUUUGUAUUGGCAUCAAAGGAAUAUAGUGAAAAAUGCGAACAUUACGUUGGAAAUUCGGAACACGAAAGAACUUUUCAAGAAUUACCUUGGUGUCCAUUAUGGAAUUAUGGAAAAUGAUCACAUCGUAUUUCCGAAAACGAAAGAUCUUUUCAAAAAUUACGCCCGUGUCCAUUAUGGAAUUAUGGAAACUGAUCACAUCGUAAUUCCGAAUUUUCCAUCUCAGAUUAGAGGAAGUUUAGGAGUUAUUAUAUACAGGGAAGAAAGCUUUAAGUACGAUAAUGCUACAGAUUUUCCUGGUCGUAAAAUGUAUAUCUACAAGGUAGUAGGCGAUUCAUUAGCGCGGGAAGUCCUUGUCCAAAUAAUAUCCCCUUCUUAUUUUUGGCUAAUUAAGAUACUUGCAUCAUUCUUAAGUUAUUUUGUCAUUUUCCAGUACGAACGUGACUCGUCGAUUAUGGACCUCUCCAUCGUUCAGACUAUGCAGGGUGCUUUGUACUAUGAUGUCGAUUUCCAAAUGGCACCUGUGUCGCAGAACAAAUUCGUGCAUCCCAUUGAUGAAAUUGAUGCAAUUCAUUAUUCUCGACUGUAUUAUAAUAAAGGAGCUGCUAUAAUGCGCAUGUUGUUUUAUUCUCUUGAAGUGCCGGAAUAUGUCUACAAGGAAAGUAUUCGGAAAUGUUCGGAGGAAUGUGAGGAUACUUCAGACCCUAUCAAUGGUUUCUGGGCUAUUGUGCAAAGUUCCUUAACAAAUAAUGAAAAAUUGCUCUACAACAUAACUGAAAUAAUGGAUACAUGGAUGACAAAAAGGCAUUUUCCUGAGUUGAAAGUCGAUCGUGAUUAUAAUAGUGGGUUAGCAACACUUUCGGCAUAUAAUUUCAACGAAACGAAUUGGAAGACACCUAUAACUUAUCUCAAGAUAUCACAUUUUACUUCCAUGAAUGUUACAUCGAAAAUUUUAUUUGAUUGUUCAUAUGAUAUAUAUAUCAGUAAAUUGGAUAAUAAUGAUUUCAUAAUAGUCAAUAUGAAAUAUACUGGAUAUUAUCGCGUCAAUUACGAUGACCGAAACUGGGACAAAAUCUGUACUUACUUAAAUUUUCAUAAUUAUACCCAAAUUAAUGUUUUGAAUCGCGCUCAAUUAAUUGAUGAUGCAUAUUAUUUUGUGAUAAAUAAUAAACUCCAAAUCUCUGUGUUCAUACGUCUGUUUAGAUACUUAAGAAGGGAAAAGCAUUAUGUAGCCUGGUACCCUAUGUUCAAUAUUUUAAUAUACAUGUCGAAGUUCUUUGAAUUUCCAGAAAGUAACCUAUUCAAGUCAUAUAUGUUUGAAAUUUUGGAUAGUCUUCUUGCGAAGAUUGGAUACAGUGAAUAUAUUGAGGAAGACGAUAUGACUAAAGCUUUAAGAUUAUUAGGAAUAAAGUGGGCUUGUAAAUUCGACCACGCAUUAUGCAGAAAAAAUGCCCCUACUGUACUGAAUUCUGUCGUCAAAGAUUCCUCUAAAAUUCUACCAUGGUGGAAGGAAUUGGUAUAUUGUGCAGGUAUGAAGGGAGCAGAUCUGCUAGUUUGGCAUCAGUUUUUAGAUAAAAAUUCUGGCAACUAUACUCAAGAGCAUUUAACGUAUUUGGCAUGUACUGAAAAUGAACAUGCACUCCUUGCUUAUUUGGAAUUUUUAUGGAAAUUAAAAUAUAAAGAAUUAAUUGUACCAUAUCACGACGAUACAGAUGCAGAGAUUUCAUAUGAGAUUAUUAUGGCAGCAUAUCGUUCUUUUGUAAAGAAACACGCACGAAAGAUGCCUGUAUUGAUACAUAUCUUAGAGAAUUAUAACAAUUUAUCAUCGACCAUUUUGGGUAGUAAGUCUCCAGUUGCAGUAAUAGGUGUCACUAUUAUGGAAUUAUAUUCUGAGGAUAAUUUUGACGAGGUGUCAACAUUUGUAAAAUCAACCCGAUAUUUAACAGAGAAAGAGAAAAAUGAAAUUUUAAUUUUCGUUAAACAACGGAAGAUACAAUUACAGAAAUUAUCCCACUAUUUCCGCAAUUUUUAUAUAUUCCAAAUGAAAAUGUGUACGAUAUGCUUCAAACAAAUAUUGUAUACUGCUUUGGUACUUAACAUCGCUAUGGCUAUCAAAACAGAUGUGGACCAUGGAAAUUGUGAAAACGCUACGUCUGAUGAACGUUUAUCGAUUGCAAUAAUAGAACCAAUACAUUAUAAACUUUUUCUCAAAUUAAAUAUGGAAUCUGAAAAUUACAAUGGGGAAUCCGACAUCGUGAUCAAAAUUCACAAACCAACCAAAAGAUUAAGUCUGCAUUGUUUUGGACCGUAUAUAUAUACAUCAAGCAUAUCGUUGAAGUCGAUAACUGAAGCUUUAAAUCCGAGUACUCGUUAUGCAUCUUAUCGAGUUUGUACUAAAACACAGCGGUUCGACAUAUUAUAUGAUGAUUUAAUAUCUCCUGGAUUAUACGAGUUACAUAUACAUUUUUACGGUAUAUACAAUAAGAAUGAAAACAUUAUCAGAUAUCAGUAUAUAAGAUAUACAGAAACUGAGGCAACUAAAAGGUGGUUUCUUGGAAUAUUGUCGACAUCAAAUCGUGCUCGAACAUUAUUUCCAUGUUGGGACGAACCAGAAAUACACAUGUAUUAUGAGAUUAUUAUCGAGCAUCCUGAGCAAUACAAAGUUAUAUCGAAUAUGCCAGUAGAAAAGCUGAUAAACAAAUCAGAUGAUACCUCAUUAACGUAUUUCCAUAUCAGCAAACCUAUAGCUUCAAGUCAAGUGGCAAUCAUAAUGGUUGAUGACAUGACUCAUAGUAAUUUGGGCGAUGAUUUGUAUUGGUAUCAACGGAAUAUAGUAAAAAAUACGAACAUUAUGUUGGAAAUUCGGGACACAAAAGAACUUUUCAAAAAUUACCUCGGUGUCUAUUAUAGAAUUAUUGAAAGUGAUCACAUCGUAAUUCCGAAUUUUCCAUCUCAGAUUAUAGGAAGUUUAGGAGUUAUUAUAUACAGAGAAGAAAGCUUUAAGUACGAUUAUGCUACAGAUUUUCCUGGUCGUAAAAUGUACAUCUACAAGAUAAUAGGCGAUUCAUUAGCGCGGGAAGUCCUCGUCCAAAUAAUAUGUCCUUCUUAUUUUUGGCUAAUUAAGAUACUUGCAUCCUUCUUAAGUUAUUUUGCCAUUUUCCAGUACGAACGUGACUCGUCGAUUAUGGACCUUUCCAUUGUUCAGACUAUGCAAGGUGCUUUGAACUAUGACGUCGAUUUCCAAAUGGCACCUGUGUCACAGAACAAGUUCAUGCAUUCCAUUGAUGAAAUUGAUGCAAUUCAUUAUUCUCGACCGUAUUAUAAUAAAGGAGCUGCUAUAAUGCGCAUGUUGUUUUAUUCUCUUGAAGCACCGGAAUAUGUCUACAAGGAAAGUAUUCGGAAAUGUGCGGAGGAAUGCGACAAUACCACAGAUUCUAUGAGUGGUCUCUGGGCUAUUGUGCAAAGUUCCUUAACAAAUAAUGAGAAAUUGCUGUACAACAUAACUGAAAUAAUGGAUACAUGGAUGACAAAAAGACAUUUUCCUGAGUUGAAAGUCGAUUGUGAUUAUUAUGGGUUAGCAAUACUUUCGGCAUAUAAUUGCAACAAAACGAAGUGGAAGACACCUAUAACUUAUCUCAAGAUGUCAAAUUUUACUUCCAUGUAUGUUAGAUCGAAAAUGAUUUUAUUUGAUUGUUCAUAUGAUAUAUAUAUCCGUGAAUUGGAUAUUAAUGAUUUCGUGAUAAUUAAUAUGAAUCAAACGGGAUAUUAUCGCGUCAAUUACGAUUACCAAAACUGGGACAAAAUCUGUACUUACUUAAAUUUUCAUAAUUAUACCCAAAUUAAUGUUUUGAAUCGCGCUCAAUUAAUUGAUGAUGCGUAUUAUUUUGUGAUAAAUAAUAAACUCCAUUCCUCUGUGUUUGUACGUCUGAUUAGAUACUUAAAAAGGGAAUUGCAUUAUGUAGCCUGGUACCCUAUGUUUAAUAUUUUAAUGUACAUGUCGAAGUACUUUGAAUUACCAGAAAGUGAACGAUUCAAGUCAUAUGUGUUAGAAAUUUUGGAUGGUCUUCUUGAGAAGGUUGGAUACAGUGAAAAUAUUGAGGAAGACGAUAUGAUCAAAUCUUUAAGGUUAUUAGGAUUAAAGUGGGCUUGUAAAUUCGGCCAUAAAUCAUGUAGGAAGAGUGCCACUAUUAUACUGAUUUUUUACCUCGAAGAUUCCUCUAAAAUACGACCGUGGUGGAAGGAAUGGAUAUAUUGUGCAGGUUUGAUGGAAGCAGAUUUACAGGUUUGGCGUCAGUUUUUAGAUAAAAAUUCUGGCAACUAUACUCAAGAGCAUUUAACGUAUUUGACAUGUGCUGAAUAUGAACAUGUGCUCAUUGCUUAUUUGGAAUUUUUAUGGAACUUAAAAUAUGAGGAAUUAAUGAUAUCAAACCACGAUGGUGCAGAUCUAGAGAUGUCAUAUGACAUUAUUAUGGCAGCAUAUCGUUCUUUUGUAAAGAAACAUGCAAGGAAAAAUGAUGUGCUAAUGCAUAUCUUAAGGAAUUAUAAUAAAUUACCGUCGACUAUUUUGGGUAGUAAGUCUCCAGUUGCAGUAUUAGGUGUCACUAUUAUGGAAUUAUAUUCUGCGGAUAAUUUUGACGUGGUGACAGCAUUUGCAAAAUCAACCCGAUAUUUAACAGAGAAAGAGAAAAAUGAAAUUGAAAUUUUCGUUAAGCAACGGAAGAUACAAUUAGAGAAAAUUUCCUACUAUUUCCGCAAGUUUGGGAAAGAAUGAAAUUCGUUUUUAUGACUAGAUAUUAGAGUCGAUAAAUAAAUUAUAGACGUAUCGAAUAAUUAUGUAAUCGAACGUAUAAUAUUAAUAUACUAAUCAUCAGUAUUAUGUAUUAGCAUCUAGUAUAAUAUCUGUUAUUGUAAAUAAGAUUAGAUCCGAUUUAAUAGUAGAUGUUAUAUUUAAUAAAAUAAUAGAGACAUUUGCUUUGAUGUUAUUAUAAUUACUUAAAAUAUAUUAAUUUAUGUCAUAAAUAAUAAAUAAUGGUACACUUGGUGGUACACUUUCG